GGAGACUAAAGAAGCAGUGGGAGCCCGGCGUAGGCGGUGAGCUGCUGCUGCCGCGCCGCCUCCUGUGGCGGCCCCGAGGCCGAGAGAGGCCGAGGUACGCCGCGGCUAACGUGCCAGAUCGGUGAGACCCAGUUGCUGGGGCCCUUGUGGCCUUCAGGACGUCUUGUCUAGUCGGUGCGCUACUCCCGCGAGGAUGCGGCUGUCCCUGUGGCUGCUAAAGCAGGCGGUGCCGAAGCAAAUUGAGCGCUACUCGCGCUUCUCGCCGUCGCCACUCUCCAUCAAACAGUUCCUGGACUUUGGGAGAGAUAAUGCAUGUGAGAAAACGUCAUACAUGUUUCUACGAAAGGAGCUGCCCGUGCGACUGGCUAACACAAUGAGAGAAGUCAAUCUUCUGCCUGAUAAUUUACUGAACCGACCUUCGGUGGGGUUGGUUCAGAGUUGGUAUAUGCAAAGUUUUCUUGAACUUUUAGAAUAUGAAAAUAAGAAUGCUGAGGACCCAAAAGUCUUGGAUAACUUUCUGCAAGUUCUGAUUAAAGUUAGAAAUAGACACAACGAUGUGGUUCCUACAAUGGCACAAGGAGUGAUUGAAUACAAGGAGAAGUUUGGAUUUGAUCCCUUAAUUAGCAGUAACAUUCAGUAUUUUCUGGAUCGAUUUUACACCAAUCGAAUCUCCUUUCGCAUGCUUAUUAACCAGCAUACACUUCUGUUUGGUGGUGACAUUAAUCCUGCGCAUCCAAAACAUAUAGGAAGUAUUGAUCCAACUUGUAACGUGGCUGAUGUGGUGAAAGAUGCAUAUGAAACAGCCAAGAUGCUCUGUGAACAGUAUUACAUGAUAGCUCCGGAUCUGGAAAUUGAAGAAUUUAAUGCCAAAGCACCAGACAAACCUAUUCAGGUAGUUUAUGUGCCCUCACAUCUGUUUCACAUGCUAUUUGAGUUGUUCAAGAACUCAAUGAGAGCAACAGUUGAAUUAUAUGAAGAUAGAAAAGAGGGCUGCCCUCCUGUUAAAACUCUUGUUACUUUGGGUAAAGAAGAUUUGUCCAUUAAGAUAAGUGACCUAGGUGGUGGAGUUCCACUUCGCAAAAUUGAUCGUCUGUUCAACUACAUGUAUUCAACUGCUCCUAGACCUAGCCUGGAGCCUACAAGAGCUGCCCCUUUGGCUGGAUUUGGCUAUGGCUUGCCAAUUUCUCGUCUGUAUGCUAGAUAUUUUCAGGGAGAUCUAAAACUAUAUUCCAUGGAAGGAGUAGGUUCUGAUGCUGUCAUUUAUUUGAAGGCUCUUUCUAGCGAAUCAUUUGAGAGGCUGCCAGUUUUCAAUAAAUCUGCAUGGCGCCAUUACAAGACCACACCUGAAGCUGACGACUGGAGCAAUCCUAGCAGUGAACCCAGAGAUGCAUCAAAAUACAAAGCUAAGCAGGGACAAGAUUAAGACUAACAGAACUUUGUAAGGAGCUGAAUGCUACAGUCCUGUGUUAUGAGCAUAGAUCGUCUUCUACAAGUCAACGAGAGUGCACUUCUCCCCACGAACUCUGCAUUAAUUCUAGUGCUUGAGUGUAUAUUUUCUCCAUAUCAUCUAGAUCUUUCCAUGAAUUCUUUCCUGUAGUUAUUCUGCCAUAAGUUCUACUAAAGUAGUAACUCAAGUAAUUUUUCAUGUUAUUUUGCUGUGUUGUGGUUGGCGUCUAUCACAAAAGAGCACAGAGCCUCCUUGGAGCUCGCGUGCCCUCGCAUCGUCUGUCUCAUUAUCACAGAGUCUGGUCUCCAGUCUUCCCUGGAUUCUGAGUUCCUUUCCCAUCCCAGAUGUAGCAGUUACUGCUGCUACUUUCUGUGACCAAAUAAUAUAUGUGUCCCAAACUUCCAGCUAGGGUUGGGGAAUUUGGAAGGAGAAGAUAGCAGCUGAGCACAUGUCGAGAAUUUAGUCCCAGGGCCCUCUCUGCUGUGCAUCCCUCCUCCACUCUGAUUCGGUUUGCUUUACUCCAUGUGGUCUGCACUCUCAUUAUAUGAGGCGUGGUUCUUGCAUAUUAGGUCUUGCUCAUUGAUUAUUGAUACUAUUUUGCAAUUCAUUUAUAUACUUCAUUCCAUCGAUGAAAGCACUUCAAAAGUUGUCUUGGAAUUUUUCACUCAAUGUCUUAAUUUUAAAGCACUUGUCAGCGAAAAACUGCUUUGUGGUCAGUAUCAAGCUUGUGAAGAGUGGGAAACAGACCUUCUGCUUCUGUAGAAAUUGCGCCAGUCUAGCACUACAUUUUUGUCAUGUUCCUUUGUGAUCCCCUAAGGAAUUGGAAGUUCCUGUGUCAUGCACUUUACUAGUUGUAAAAUAGACUACGAAGGGAAAAGUUCUUUCUAGUUUACUCAAGAAAAACUGUGGGCCUUCACCAUUUUCAUUUUCAUUCAUUCCACCCAGUUUUAGAUUUGGGAGCUCAAUCUGACUUUCACACUCCUGCAUUUUUUGCUAGAAUUGGAAGUAAGAAUUAACAGGGGACUUGGGUGAGGAAAGAGGAGUGAUGUUAUGUUUACUCUGAGCAGUAGAAACUAGCUGAGAGUCCACAGUCAAAGUAGCAUCUUACACAACUCCACAGGCUGUGCUUCUCUUCACUGUGAUUUUUCAUGUCGGUCUAGUUUUUCAGUAGCAAGUCCACUGAUUUAGAUGUUGCAAAGUAGUCGUCAUCACUUAGUCCCAUAACGGUGACAAUGCAGUUGUCCCACCGCCGCCGCAGUGCGGGACAUUAUCACCAGAAGGAGUUAGGCUCUGACCAGGUGCACUUGGCUUGAUUGCUGCUGUUUUUGUUAGUUUUCACUGAAUAUGGUUUUCUUUCAUGUCAUUAUGUUACCCAAGCUCAUGGUAGUUUCUUUCAUCUUUAGAAGGAUCUCAUCUCUUCUACCCUUAGAAGGACCUCAUCAGAGAACUCAUACAUAAUCAGUCAAGUAAAAGAUGUAUUGAUGUACUUAUGAGAGAUUGAUGAGAUGAACCAUAUAUAUGGUUGCUUGUUUGUGGUCCAGGUCAGUGUCUCAGGAAUGGGGCUAUUCUGUGUGAUUAUUCUCCUACGGUGUAAAAGAUGUAAAAAUAAGCUGAGUGUGGUGGUAUCUGACUGUCAUCUCACCUCCUUAGAAGAGUGAGUACUGCAGGUUCAAGGCCAGCCUGAGAAGUUUAGUAAGACUCUGUCUCAAAAUAAAAGUUUGAAUACAAAGGCCUGGGAGUACGGCACAGUGGUAGAGAGCUUGACUCUAGGUUCAAUCCCCAGCAAUGCAGAAAAGAAAAGCUUCCUUAUAAACAUCAGAUAGUGUCCCUCUUUUAUCAGGCCUCUAUUUCCAACUGUCUUCCUUUACAUUUUCAAGUGGGAUCUGCCGUAAGGGAUAGAGGCAGCCGGUUUGGGUCACGUUCCCUACUGCUUUGCUCCACUGUGCUUUACCGUUUAAGGAUGCCUGUUGACUGCCAGACCCUCAAACAAGUACCAUGUAAGGGUCAAAUAUGGAAAAUGUGCUAUAGGAAAAUCCUAUCACAUUCCUCACAAGUAUUUUUCAAAAGCAAAAUUUUAUUUCAGUGUUUCAAUGACUCAGUAUACUUUAGAACAGUGAUGGUGAACCUUUUAGAGCUUUCAGCAACAACAAGCAGGCAGCUGUGGCAUGUGUGCCAUGGGUUCACCACCCCUGCUCUAGAGCUUACUCAUAAAGCACCUGACCCCAGUGCAAUCUGCUUCUGUCUCCUGUCUUUUUCCUUAAGAAUUUUUUCUCAAGUCUUAGCCUUCAUUUCACUGACAAGAACAGUUCAAGGGUCAUCUUGCAUUCUCAGUUUGUUAGCCCCUUACCCAAGUACUUGUUUCUCCUUUUUCUUGAUUAUAUGUGAACCUCUGAGCUUAAGCAUAUCUCUCUAAUUGUUUGCUGGGUUUGCCUGUCAGCCAGUGGUCAGAUUUCUACAUAUAAAGUGUGAUGUAAACAGACACUGGCCCCCUUUCAGCCAAAUUCUUCCCCAUUUCUCUGUAAUGCCCUCUCAUUUACAUUAUUUGGGGGACCAUGUCUACUACUUGAAAUAGUGCCUAGCAAAUAACAGAUACUUAAUAAAUACUGAGACAAAGACUGUCUUUUACCUUGAGUAGUGGGACAGCAUCUAACUUUAUAAGCUAUCCUUGUCCUCAAAUCAGUAAUAAGUCAGAUUGGGGCUUUGGAAGUACUAAAUUUCUUCUAAUAGUACUAUGAGAUGACUUUAAAAUAUAGAGAAAUGACAGGAAAUAGAGAAGGUUCCACAGGAGCUAUCCACUCCCUUCUUUAUCUCUGAAUGUCUGAUUUUUGGUUCCAUGCAUGAUGCAGGAGUUAGUACAUGGGUUCUUUCUGUCUAGUGACUUGGUUUUACAGCCUUGCUUAUAGAGUCCAAAGAACUUUUAUACUCAGCAUCCCAUGUGAUUCUUACAAUGCCACAGGGUAGAUGGACCACAGAGGAACAUCUAUACUUUCAUAAGAAUCCCAAAGCAGUUAGAUGGUUUGCCAAGGUGGCCUGAUAAGUGACUAGAAGAACCAAAGGGAGUAGUUGGGUCUUCUUGUUCCUAGGUUAUUGCUCUGAAUAAUACACCAGGCAAUUAGAAUUAUUCCUUUUGAGAAAUGUCUUGGGUGUAUUAAUCCUCAAGGGUAAGCUUUAAACCAAAAAUUUUCUGCAAUGCAAGGUAAUUCCACUCAGGAGAGGUUUUCUUUUGUGUGUUUUCCAUUUUGGCAUCAUUAAUCAGAGGAGAUAGUCAAAUGGAUCUGGCAGCUUUUACCUAAAAAAAAAAAAACAGGCAACUUGUAGCUGUAGGUAAUUACUAGAGUUGUUUAGACUUAAUUCUAUGUUUGAGUGAGAUCAGUGCUCACUGCCAGCCCUUUCAUACAAAGACUCCACAUUCAGGAGUUGAUGCUUUUAUGUUUUGGUGGAUUGGAUUAUAGUGUUGGUUAGAUUCCCUUUCAUAUUUACACGUGUCUUUCUGUUGCCAUUACUUAGGAUGUGUGUGUGUUGGCUGGCUAUUGGAUUCUUGGAGCACGACCUUUUUCCUCAGUUCUUUCAGGAUCUUACUUUAUUAUUAUCUGUAUCUGGUGGUGAUGAGAACUCUGAGUCCAAUGGAUUUUCCAUCCCUUUUUUGUAGAUAACCUGCUUGCUUGUCAUGGAUACGUGUGAUUCUUCGUUUAUUCUUGAAAUUUAUGAUUUCAAGAUAAUCCUUUAUCUCAGGAUUGAUGGUUGUCUGUUAACUUUUUCUGGUAUAGAGGGAAUAAUUAGAUACUGACAUUUUAGGCCUUAUCGCAUUUUUGUAUCUGUUCUGUUGUCUUUUUUAAGAAUUUUUCAUUCCAUUGGAUCUCCGUUAUGUGUUCCUCACUUUUGUCUUCAAGUGGCUGUCAUGCCCUUGUCUCCCUACGUGCUGUGUGAUUUUUCACCAAGUCUCACGCUCCAUCUCAUUGACUCAGGUUUCCAUACUGUUGAGGCUAGGCCCUAUUGCUUAUAAUGUGACUUUCACUUGUUAGUUUUUUAAAAACUUUUUUCCUUUAGAUCAUUCUGUCAUCCUCUUUGAUUCCUUAUUUCAUUCAUUUGAGGACCAAACCAUUUGGUUGAUGUUUUUUAUAGUUUCUAAACCCAGUCAUUUUCUGGAGGCUCUUUUGCUUUAUCUUCAGACACUCCCCUGGAGCCCAUGGUAUGGCACUGUGGCUUUUAUUAGUUUCCCUGUAGACAGCUUCUGGCUCAAUUCUGAGAUGUGUAUAUUGGAGAGCAGGAGCACUUAUAUAAAUAUGUAUUUACUCUCCCAUCUUUCCCAGUGGUCCAGGUGCUUAAACAUUGACUUUGAAGAUAGUGUCCUUCAUAAUGUAUAUGUUAGUAAACAGAAGGAACCAAUAUUGCCAGCAGGAAAGCACCAUUAACAAUUUAAUCAAUACAGGAUUUUUGUUUACUGUUCUGUGUGGAAAGAUAACUUAACUAGGGUUCCUGUUCUACCCAUUAGAGAUAUCAGUACCUUCUGGUUUAAAACCAGGGAACAUGUGACAUUUUAAUGAACUCAAGUUAUUGGCUAUUGACAGUGAUUAAUUAGUUAAAUAUUGGAAAAUAUUUCAAACUAAUAAUCAGAGUUGUCAAAGGAAGUUUAACAGUUGAGCGUCUUGUGAGCCCUGCUGAGAGCUUUACCGGGGUACAGGUUUCUUACCUGCUUUUUCAACCAACCCAUUUUAAAAUGUGGUGCAUUAAGAAAUAGAAAGAUGUUAAGUCUUCAUCAGGAUUUGUUUUGUUACGUAUGAAAAUCCAUUGCAUGGUUUGUAGGUCUGGGGCCUACCAUGGAAGCACGUGGAUUUGUGUUUUUAAAGUGCCUUUAAGGUGGAUCACAAGAUGGGGGCUUUGUUUGGCCUGUCUGCGGGAUUGAAGCCUCCUUGCAUCAGUGGCCAGCACGUUCCACUGGACAAGCAGCAGCAAAGUCUUGUUGCCUUCAUUGCUCCCGCAUAACAGUCACAGAGCCAAGGCACAGCCUUGCUAUAUGCAACCAGCUCUGCUUGAGGUGAGGUCAGUCUUUGGCCCAGUCUGCCGAUGUCAGGCAGAGAACAGAACACAGGCACCCUCGUGUGAAGGAGACUAACGAAGUGCAGGUGGCAGAUAGAGGAGCCAUGGAAAGGGAAGCAACGUGCAGUCUUCCCCGUAAAUGACAUCCAGUGUCUCCUGCAUACUAGAAGCCGUGCUGCAUGCAGCCGUGAUGAAAGCAGGAGAAAUCCCUGCUUCCUGAGCCCGCAUUCUAGUAGGGAAGACAGAUAAGAAACAACAUCAGGUAGUUUUAUACUUCCGUUGUAGUAGAGGAAAUUGAAUGGGGUGGCACCAAACCACCUAAGUGUUUCAUAGACAGGUGUGUUCCUCAGAGGAGGAAGGGCCAGUGAUUUUCAACUGCUUUUCUCCCCUGUAUUGGUUGACCUGAAUUUGGACUCGCUGAUCAGCUCAGUGAGGGACCUUGUCAGGAUCCCUGCACUGAGGCUUCAGGGAAACAGGGCCCAUGUUAGUCAAUUGUCUUGCUGACCAACAACCAGCAGGGUCAAAUAAGAAGCAACUUUUCAAAUCAAAGUUCAUCGAAUGACAUGGGACAUUCUUUCCUCACAACAGAAACACAAUUACCACAAGUUCUGGAUAUGUCGUCUUGGGAUCGAGAAAUCGUUAUUUAAAGAAAAGUUUAAAGCAUCUGGAUGAUGCUGCUGGGGCCUAAAUGACUGCUUUUCAGAAGAGACCCAAUUUACCACUUCAACUCAUUUUAGAGGUGGAGGAAAAGGAUUGUCGGAGAAGGCCUCCCUCUCAGUUUGCAGGUCUGCGCCAGCUGUGUAUGCCACUCAAAAUGCAGGCAAAAAGCAAUGCAAAAUAUUUUAGUCACAGACUUCUUGAGAAAGCUCUCUUUCCACUUUUCCGUCUAUUUCCAAAGUAGAGGCGUGAAUUCUCUCUAUCCCCAUGAUACAGUUUAGGUGGCCAGGACACAGGCUGUCUCUUGGUGUGUACCACAUGCGCCUGUAUGCCACUCUGCUGGCAGUGGUCCCACUUUCCCUCAGAGGAAAUAUCAGUGCCUUGGUGGAGAGAGCCUUGGACUUCUCCACACUUGCCUGUUUGAGCAGUGGGAGGUUUAGCUGCCUGGAGGAGAUGGGAUAUGUUUAAUUAUUCCCAUAGGUAAGGCAAUUUGUCACCCUUUAAGUUGACUUAUUUGCAUAUGAACAAAAGUACCUUGGGGCAUCAUUACUGAAGGUCUCUGAACAACUGUUACAGUUAUGCGCCUGUGUUAGAAGAAAGACCCCUCAUAUCUCAUGCUAAUGUUCUUUCACUGUUUUAAUUAAAUCCAUGAGACACCCUGUGUGUCUCUACACAAAAGUUCCACCAAAGGUAGAGAAUUGACCUCAGUCGCACAGCUUCCCAAUUCUAAGUGAUGAUGUCAGUCUGUGACAGGUCUGUCUGUAGACCUCGGGACAAACGAUACACGAAAUAAAGCUUCGUGUUUGGAGUCCUAUGGUCCAGUUUGGACUAGUGGGGAUAUUUUUAUGGGGCUUUUCUUAAUGGUAGAGAAUUAAGAUGGUAAACUUGUGGUAAUGUUGGAUCCAGAAGCUUACAAUGAAGAGUACGAGCUUAACCUGAAAAAAUAUUUUUCUGUUCUAUAAAUCUCUCAGUGACAUUUGGAUUAAUCAAGCAUAAUUAAAUGUAGUUAGAUUUUUGUCAGAUUGUAGUUCAAAAUAAUAUUCAUCUAUGGAGAGGGUAAUAUAUUCUGUAGAAAUUUUAUUAAGCACUUUAGUUAAGCAAACACUAAGGAGAACAAAAUCAGCCUCAGGAAGGUUAAUUACUAAAAAAACACAAAGUAUAGUAGAUUAUGUAAAUCAUUUUAAUUUUGAAUACCAUGGCUUGAGCUUUAAUUUACAUAGAGAGGUAUUUUGGAUUUGUUUUUCACAUUAUAUUUUCCAAAAGUAGAGAAUUAUACUUGCAUUCUUUAAAAGUUCUAAUCAUACUAAGAUUCCAUUAAGUUUUCUUAUCUUUUUCCUAUUAUAGUUUCCACAAGUGAAGAACUACAAUUGCAUUCUAUUUUAGUAUUUCACUGAACCUUGUGUAAAUUGUAAAAAAGGUAUUGUUAUUUCUGUAUCACUGAUGGUUUUAAAAGAACUAUUGGAGAGAAUUUGCGUGAAAUCACCCAGCCUGUGUGUGGCUUUGCAAUAAUGUUCAUUUAAAGGAAAACAUUUUUAGAAAGUUUAAAUGUAAGAUUUUAGGCUAUGGUGAUAAAUCUUUUUUAUUUUAGUAAUUUCUUGAAAGGGAGGAGGAAAGAGAUGAAAUUGAUUUUAAAUGUAUAUACCUUUUUGUACUCAGAGAAUUCACGUUCACUACCCUUGCCUGUCUCAGGGAAUAGCCUUUGAUAAGAAUCCCAUAGAAAUUUUGAACUGUGCCACUGUAUGUUCAGACUUGAUAGUUCUUGUCUAAAUUUCAGAGCUAGAAUUUCAAAAGUAUUGUCAUUUUAGGAAUGUGAGAUUACCCAAGAAACCUGAACUUGCCCUUUUCAUGAGAAUUCACACCGAAAUGUCCUUUGUCUAGGAGGAAUCCCACUUUUCCCCAGAAGUUUGACUUUGAUAAUGUGCUUCUUGGCUGUUCAGUGAAGAUUCUGUUUUCUACUGGAACUGACUCCUUUUGGGAUAAUAAACUUUCACUUAAAAGAACAUCGCAUUAAGUAAUUCUAACUUCCAUUAACCUAAAAGUAGCUUGUUAACUUAAGUACUCUGGAUAACUUUUACAAAUGGGCCCAAACUGCAGAAACGUGAAAGAUCAUGUCUGUAUGAAAAAGUAUUUGUCCUCUGAUUAGCAGAGUGAGGAAAUGUCUAACUCGGGCACAUAGGACUGCUUUAACUGCUCUCCAAUUCAUCCUUGCCUUCCGUAUUGAUUGAAAAUGGCAUACAUAGAAAGGGAUGUAUAUGAAUAACAAUUGUUUAAUGUUUAAAAUAUUCUUACUUGAGAUUCUUUUUCAGAGAAAAAAGAAUCUUAGCAGUCAGUGAUAACUCUUGGUUCACAUACGCUAGACAUUUAACAAAGAAGUUAUGAAAGUUAAGUCUGAUUGUAAACCAUGCUAAAGGACAUUAAAUCAUGGCAUCCCUUUCUCAAAAAUUCCAUUUUCCUUUUAUCAUUUGAACUGUUACAACUGUCAGAAAUCUCAGUGUAAAUUUUGAAAGACACUGUAUAUUUACAGUAAGAACUGGCUUAUGCCUUUGUCUCUAAAAAUGCUGACUUUAAUGACUUUAAUUAGAAUUGAGGCUAAAGCCUGAACUAUAGAGAUGGGUGAAGACUUGAGGCUGUCUGCUAUUGAAAAGGGACCAGGCUGAUUCUUUUGAGGUUUCACAGGCCACUUGCCAAGUCCUCUCAGGAGACAAGAUUUUUCUGGCACAGCUUGUAACUAACAUAAAAAUUAAAUAGAAAGCUCAGCAUGGUCCUGCAUCUGCUACCUUUUUCCUGGACGCCUGUGUAACUGUUCCCAGGGAACAUGCCACCUAAAGACUUUUAGUAGCUUGCUUUUUUCUUUGAAAAGCACGUAUAAGAGCUGAUAAAUUAUUCUAACCAAUAAAUUGUGCAUAUACUUAAAAUAUUUUUAUACGAAACUAGAAGUAUCUUGACUGUCAAGUGGACAUUCAUGGCAAGGCUAGCAAGUACAGAGCAACAAGGACUUUAAAAAUUGCGAAGGCCUUUAUUCGGUGUUGGAGGAAUCAAGUUCCUUCAUUUCUCGUCUGUUCAUUGUCACAGUCUGCUUUUCUCUUCUGAUGCUGCAUAGUGCUAGAACUGAAUGCUCCCCUUUGAUUAGAAAGUCUGUUGUGUUUGAGUCAGAUCUAGAUAACAUGCCACAUUUUAGCUUAGCGUUCUGGCUAAUCCUGUCCGGAGUUCCUUGGUAUUCAGAUCACUUGAGGGGGCACUUGCUCCUUAGGGGUUACACACAAAUCGCUUGCUGCUGUAAAUUCACACCCUCCCAGAAGUAUCCAAGUGCUUAAACCCUACAUAUUUUCCAGAUUUAGAAUACAACUUGCAAAUGCCUAAGACAUGCUUGAACUGAAUAAGGAAAGCCAUUGUGGGAUGAAAUACACCUCUGUGAACAUAUCUGAUGCUGCAAUUAAAUGAAAAUUUCUUGCUUUGCCAGUGUUUCUAAUUCCUUAUCAAAGUGGUAUCUAAACUUGGAAUGAUUGCUGAUUUGGUAAGAGAAAAAUACUAAUUUACACAUGAAAUAAAUGUUCUUUAUAAUAUUUGUACCCAUGAGUUCGAAUCUGACCUGAUUUGCUUUGUGCCUGUCUCAGCUUAGUUACAGAGAUAAAUGUACAUGUGUAUCCAGUUUUCUGGAGCAACCUUGUGGCAUAAGAAUAAGCCCAGCCCCCACCCCCAAUUCUGUGCUGUGCUGUGGCUUUGCUGGUAUGCACCAUUAUGACUUAAGAAUUAUUUUGGGUGGGGUCAUUUGUCAUUCCAUGUUCUGUGGAGAAAAGUGUUUUGUGAUUGUUGGAAAAACAUGGCCAGAUAAGUGUGUGGCACAGAUAACAUUCCCCCGUAAGUCGCAGAGCAAUCUGUGGUGUCCAUCAUAGAAAACUAGUCCUGGAGCACAUGAACAAUUCUGUAUCCCAAUAAUCAAAAAAAAUAAACAGUAGUUGUGAUUCACAGUG